UUAUAUUUUUAUGUAUAUUUUGACCGCAUCAGACCAACAUAGCUACCUACCUGAAUCUGUACAGGAUCUAUAUUUGACAUUUCAGGCAAAACAGAAAUCCCAAAUAGCAGCACCCGGAGGCAUCAGUUGGGUGAUCUGCUUAACCUGGAAAGGUCCCUCACCCUUUCCCCUCAUUCCCUGCGCUCUCAGUAUCACGAGGCCUCCUGACGGCCUGGGCAGAUGCCUGCUCAGGUGGCCAUGCGUCUUCCCAGGGAGUUUGUCCCCGUGCCUUCCAGCACGCUGGGUGGAGGUGGAGCCGUUGGUUCCUCCUGAGGCGUUCUUUUCUGAGAAGAACUGCAGGAAGAAUAAUAUCAGUUAUUACGCAGCGGGAUGGACAAAGCCUUUUGGGCCAACAGAGAGCAUAGCAGAAAGAGGGAGGCACCAGCCGGGCAAAGGAGGGGUGGCAUCCUGCUGCAGACCCCAUGGGGUGUUUCAGAAAGGCCAUCUCCCUUGGUGGCACCGCGUCACUUCUGUGAGGGGAGCAUUGCUGCGUUGGAGCAUGACUUGCACAUGGAUUAAACUUUUAGUGGUGUUCGGGGAGCUUGGAGCCAAACUAGCUGUUGAAAAGCAGAACAGAAGAUCCAGGCCAUAUUUCAACUCAUCCCCAAACUGUUCUAGUUGUUUGGCUGGCUGGCAGCCGUAGCAGAAAAGGUGCUUCUGGAGUUAAUCCAGGCUGGAACUCUUGGUGCUCUCUCCUCCUCUUGACCAGGCGAUGGGGUUGACCACCUGAAAGGGAUCUCCCAGAGAGUCAGUGGCUGCUCAAGGUGGAUAAGGAGAUUGUAGAAAAGCUGUGCCUGUCUUCACAGCAGAAGAUAAAGGGCAGGUCCCAGUUGUGAACUUGCUUUUGCAGGAAGGGAGUCUGAGGAGCUGAAGCAGGCAGUGUUUCAGGCUAGUGGUGAGCUGGGGAGGACAGGGGUAAAAAUGGGGGGGAGAGAAAGAGAAGUCUGCUUCUUGUGUUAUAAUAACCCACUUGGUGUGUCAUCCAGCGAAGUUGAAUGAGGGGAGAUUCAAAAGGGCAGAUUCAUUCAUGCAUAGGACCUGCAAGAUCACCUGGAUCACCUGGGGAGAGUCUGCUUGCAGUACUGCACCCCACGAAAGGUCACAGGGUGGUGACCCCAAAAUGGGCAUUUUGUUCUAUUGCCCCCUUUCCUCCCUCUGCCCCGUUGCUUCAAGUGCCUUGUAGAGACAGCUCUUUCCACCCCAGGCCCUGUUUUUAUCUGUAGGAAUUCCCCGAAUUCCUGUUUGCACAAUCUCUUGACUGGUUUUGUGUUGUCUUUUUGUUUUAUUGGUGAUGCUUCCUCCUUUUACACUGUAUACCCCUUGUUUGAAUGUUGAAUGUGUGUCCUUGACUUCUGGCUGGUUGUGGUGGGAGAUGCAGCGCUGGAUCAGUUGGACCACCCUGCGCCUGACCCACAAGCCAGACUCUUCUUUCUUCAUGUGCUUGUAUCACAUCCCUCUUUAUGUGACUCUCCAUAACAGUGAGGUCUAGAAACAUUGCGAAUUCUAGAGAUAUUACAAAGGGCGAGCCUGGAAUCCUCGCAGCUCUCUUCUUUCUCCUAAAGUCACGAAUCCAGGCCUUCAGUUCAGGUUCCUCGCUGCCGUUGACUCUUGGCCUCUUCCAGGAUGGCUGGUUCUCCAGCACUGACCGUGCGGGGCCUUCAGAUUUAUUCCACAGAGCAAAUGAUAACGGAGAAGUCGGGCUGACUUCAUCUGCAAAGUGUUGGCGCCCCUUUCACCAUUUUUGCGUCCUGCAUUGUGUGUUUACUCCGGUUCCGAGCACAAAGCUGCCCAUUGUGUGAGCGAGGAAGGGUUUGGUCGGCUGCAUAAUAUCCUUAGUGCUUUUGGCGAUGGAGAUAACAUCGGGGCGAAUGUGCCUUGUGCCUGGGCCGGGGGCUUGGCCCCUCGCGGGCCAUUAGGGCACUUUGAAUAGAGGGGGCUGCGCCGUCCGUCCGUCUGGGGGCCGCCGACACGUCCUCCAACACAGCCCCAGACCGCCUUGCAAUUGUUGUGGGGGGGAUGUUUGUCUUUUUUCUUUUUCCAAACAACCCUCCAGGGCGAGGGGUGCCAAAAGCUCUCUUGAUAAGGCAGCUGAAGCUGCCCUCUGGAUACUUUCUAAUUUAAGGGUUGAGACAAAAUAGUUCAUUGGCGGGGCUUCCCUUGUAGAUAGGGGGCUGGCUGUUAAGAAGGGCUUCACGCAAGCCCCACUGAUAAAAGCAGCAGCAGCAGCAGCAGCAGGAGGAGGAGGACCUUGGGCAGCUGCUGCUCCAGGGAGGCCAGUCCUGCCUGCUCUUGCCACCUCUUGCCUCCCUCUGGCCGGAUGCUUCCCAAGAGAGGAAGGGCCCUGCUGGUGGCAGGAGAGGCAGCCAGCGCAGGUCCGCUGGUGUCUGAUCCCGUCACGCUGAACAUGGAGAAUGAGGAAAAGCUGGUCAACAAAGGCGAGGAAGAUGAGAUGAAGAUCUACGGCUACACAUUUUGCCGGUGGAAGAUGGUCCUGGUGGCUGUGGGGGUGCUCUGCACGGGCGGCUUCCUCCUCCUCCUCCUCUACUGGAUGCCUGAGUGGCGGGUGAAGGCAACGUGCAAGAGGACUUCGCUCCGAGGCAGCAAAGUGGUUCUGCUGCGGACAACAGAUGAAUUCCAGACAUGGUUUUGUGCAAAGGUUCGCAUUGUGCUUUCUUUGGGGCCCAAUCUGUUGCAGACUCCAAAAUAUGCAUCGGAAAAGAUGACAAAUGGCUGCAGCGGUCAUUUGGACAUAAACCUGGCUGAAGAGGGCGAAAAUGAUUUGAGCAGAUGUUCCCAGGCUCACCUACAGGAGAUCCGUUAUUUCACCCACCACAGCGUGAAGUAUUUCUGGAAUGACGCCAUGCAGAACUUCAGCUCCAUAAAGGGUCUGGAUGACUCCACUUCCUGUUCGGCAAUCCACAAUGAACACAGCACGGGGCUGACCAAGGGGAUGCGAGAUUACAGAAAAUUAUUCUAUGGAGUAAAUGAAAUUGCCGUGAAAGUGCCUUCCGUUUUUAAACUUUUGAUUAAGGAGGUCCUCAAUCCUUUUUACAUUUUCCAGCUGUUCAGUGUGAUCUUGUGGAGCACAGAUGAAUAUUACUACUAUGCAGCAGCCAUUGUGAUAAUGUCUCUGAUAUCUGUUGUUAGCUCACUGUAUACCAUCCGGAAGCAAUACAUGAUGCUUCAUGACUUGGUAGCUGCUCACAGCGUCAUCCGGGUGUCGGUCAGCAGAGCAAACCAAGGCGUGGAGGAGAUCCUUUCCACGGAGCUGGUGCCUGGGGACGUCAUUGUGGUCCCUCUCAACGGGAUGAUCAUGCCUUGCGACGCGGUGCUCCUCAGCGGGACCUGCAUCGUGAACGAGAGCAUGCUGACAGGCGAAAGCGUUCCCGUCACAAAGACCAACCUGCCAAACCCGACGGAGGAGCCCAAGGGGGGCCUGGCGGACGAGGUGUACAGUCCUGAGGGGCACCGGAGGCACACCUUGUUCUGCGGCACGACCGUCAUCCAGACCCGCUUCUACACCGGGGAGCUGGUCAAAGCCAUCGUGGUCAGGACAGGCUUCAGUACUUCCAAAGGGCAGCUGGUCCGCUCCAUCUUGUACCCAAAGCCGACGGAUUUCAAGCUCUACCGAGAUGCCUACAUGUUCCUGCUCUGCCUGGUGGGGGUGGCCGGGGUCGGCUUCCUGUACACCGUGGUCAUCAGCAUUCUCCACAAGGUCUCGGCCGACAUAAUCAUCAUCGAGUCUCUGGACAUCAUCACCAUCACGGUGCCGCCCGCUCUUCCUGCCGCCAUGACGGCGGGGAUCGUUUAUGCACAAAGGCGGCUGAGGAAAAUUGGCAUCUUCUGCAUCAGCCCUCAGAGGAUCAACAUUUGCGGCCAGCUGAACCUCGUCUGCUUUGACAAGACAGGCACCCUGACGGAAGAUGGCCUGGAUCUCUGGGGAAUCCAGAGGGUUGAAAACGCUCGUUUCCUCUUGCCAGAGCAAAGCGCUUGCAGCGAGAGCCUGGUCAAGUCGCCUUUCAUCGCCUGCAUGGCAACCUGUCACUCCUUGACCAAAAUCGAAGGAGUCCUCUCAGGAGAUCCACUGGACUUGAAGAUGUUUGAAGCCACUGGAUGGAUUCUUGAAGAAGCGACGGAGGAGGAAACGGCCCUCCACAACCGCAUCAUGCCCACCGUGGUCCAGCCACCCAAGCAGCUUCUUCCCGACCCCAAACCGGCAGCCGACAAGGAAAUGGAGCUCUUUGAACUUUCGGCCAGUUACGAGAUUGGCAUCGUGCGGCAGUUUCCCUUUUCCUCUGCUCUGCAACGGAUGUGCGUGGUGGCCAGAGCCCUCGGGCAGAAGAGGAUGGAUGCCUACGCCAAAGGGGCUCCAGAGGUGGUUGCCGGACUGUGCAAGCAAGAGACAGUGCCUGCGGAUUUUGAGAGGGUGUUGGAAGAAUACACCAGGCAGGGCUUCCGUGUCAUUGCCCUUGCUCACAGGAAGUUGGAAUCCAAACUGACCUGGCACAAAGUCCAGAAUGUUGCCCGAGAUGCCAUUGAGGGCAACAUGAAUUUCCUAGGCUUGAUUGUAAUGCAGAAUAAGCUCAAGCAAGAAACCCCAGCGGUGCUUGAAGUUCUGCACAAAGCCAACAUCCGCACAGUCAUGGUUACAGGUGACAACAUGCUGACGGCCAUCUCUGUGGCCAGGGACUGUGGGAUGAUUCUACCUCAAGAAAAGGUGAUCAUUGCUGAAGCCCUGCCUCCCAAGGACGGCCAGACCGCCAGGAUCAACUGGCAUUAUGCAGAUGCUCUCGCCAAAGGCACCGAUUCCCCACCAGCCAUUAACUCGGAGGAUAUCCCCGUCAAAUUGCCCCCCGAGAGACUCGAGGACCCCCACGUGACCAAGUACCACUUUGCGAUGAACGGGAAAUCCUUUGCUGUCAUCCAGGAGCACUUCCAGGACCUCAUCCCAAAGCUUGUGUUGCAUGGCACAGUGUUUGCCCGCAUGGCACCGGACCAGAAAACCCAGCUGGUGGAGGCUUUGCAAAACGUAGAUUACUACGUCGGCAUGUGUGGCGAUGGGGCAAACGACUGCGGGGCACUGAAGAGGGCGCACGGUGGCAUUUCCCUGUCGGAGCUGGAGGCCUCUGUGGCGUCUCCCUUCACCUCCCGGACGCCCAGCAUCUCCUGCGUGCCGAGCCUGAUCAGGGAAGGCCGGGCUGCUUUAAUAACCUCCUUCUGUGUGUUCAAAUUCAUGGCUUUGUACAGUAUUAUCCAGUACGUCAGUGUCACCCUGCUGUAUUCUAUCCAGAGCAACCUGGGAGAUUUCCAGUUCCUCUUCAUCGAUCUCGCAAUAAUUCUGGUGGUGGUCUUCACCAUGAGCCUGAAUCCUGCGUGGAAGGAGCUUGUGGCGCAGAGGCCUCCUUCCGGCCUCAUCUCGGCUCCCCUCCUCUGCUCCGUCCUUUCCCAGAUCCUCAUCUGCCUUGGCUUCCAGACCCUGGGCUUCCUGUGGGCCAGGCAGCAGCCCUGGUAUGAGACCUGGACCCCUCACUCAGACGCCUGCAAUGUUUCAAGGGCUCCCUUUGCCAACGCCUCUCAGCACAAGAACAAGACCCUCCACGACGAGCACAACAUCAGGAACUACGAGAACACGACGGUCUUCUUCAUCUCCAGCUUCCAGUACCUCAUUGUCGCUGUGGCCUUUUCCAAAGGGAGGCCCUUCAGGCAGCCUUGCUACAAAAACUAUCUCUUUGUUAUCUCGGUGAUCGUUCUGUAUGCCUUCAUCCUUUUCGUCCUGCUGCACCCCCUGCAGCCCAUCGACUGGUUCCUUGAGCUGGUCUGCGUGCCGUAUCCGUGGCGAGUGCGGAUUCUCCUCAUCGUUGUCGUCAACGCCUUUGUCUCCCUUCUGGUGGAGAAUUUCCUCCUUGACACCAUCCUUUGGAAAGUUGUCUUCCACCGAGACAAGCAAGGGGAGAACCGCCUAGGCUCCUCCUCCUCCUCCUCUUCUUCCUUCUCCUCUUCCUCCCACCCAUCACAGGAGGCCUUGGGGUGCUUCCGCGGCUGCACCCUCCCCUCUGUGCUGGGCUUCCAGAAGAGGAAGAAGCCCCCGAAAGCCAAAUACGUUCACUUGGCCCAGGAGCUGCUGGUGGACCCCGAGUGGCCCCCCAGGCCCAGCACCACGACGGAGGCCAAGGAGGCUCCCCCGGCCCACCAGAACGGCGCCUGCCAGGUCAUCACCGUCACGUAGCAGCGGCCUGGCCGGGCGCGUCCUCUUGCCGUCUCUGGAGACACUUCUGUCUGCGGAGCACGUGUUCGGGGCCCUCGGUCUGCCCCCCCUUUUCGCCCCCCUCCAUCCCUGGAGUUCAGCGUCCCGUCGAGAGAGAACUUUUCACAAGCAAUGCAAAACAUUGGGUGUUUUUCCAGCCGGCUUCUCCGAGCCUCAUUCCGCCGGCCAGUUCUGGGGCUCAGGCUGGGCUCCUCUGGGUUUGGGGCAGCCCUGGCCUAGCGCAGCUUCCACCUCGGAGGCUGGCCUGUGGGACUUUGGGAGCCCAGCAAGGAGGGGGUGAGUUGCCCUUACCAGAAAGGAAGGGUGGGUGUUGUGGGUGUUUGCCAAACUUGGUGCUGGGUUCCACUGGUCUGCAGUGUGCCGCAGAGUCUGACCUCGGCCGCCUUGCACGGAGCAGAGACGUCAUGGUUAGUUUCCAAAUGCCCUGCAGGCGCGCGCACGCACACCCCGCUCUGUGCCAAAGCCCGGCAGUCCCUGCGCCCGACUCGGCUUCGCUACAGGCUCCAUGCAGGAAGGAGGCAACGAAUCUGCCACACUGGCUCAGCCAGAUUCUUUAUUGAGAACAAUAGGAAAGAGAAUUGCUCCCAGCCUCCACCACCAGCACCAAGUGCUUUAAAUCUGCUGAGGCCGCGCUAGGUCUCUGGCCUGUUUACACAUGCAUGUGCACACAUACCGAGUUGCUCCGGGGGCCAAGGAUCAUUCGGCUACUCCAGGCUCCUGGGUGCCAAGGGCUGACCCCCUCUCCCCUCCUCUCCCCAGGCCCCUUGGCUUUUGUGGCUGGGUCUCCCUCUGGCUGUAGGGCACACACCCCAUCUGUGUGUGUGUGUGGGGGGGGGUCUUUGCUUUUGAAGUUGAAGCCCAGGGGCUCUGAUCCUGCCCUGGGGCUGCUGGUGGCUGUGGCAGAGAGGAGCCUUGCAGAGGAGGCAGCCCAUGAAUUGGGAGGGGGCACCGGCAAAGCCUUCAAGUAGGAAAUGACCCUCUGCGGACAGCAUCUCUUGAGCGGCAGCAAAACAGCUGGGUCCAUUUCCUGCCGUUUUAUACCUCAACAGAAAAGGGUGUUGUUGGAAGCAGAGUCCGGGAAGCUCCUGGCCCCAGAGUCGCGCCCCCCCCCCUGCUGCUGCCCUGUCUUGCAGGGGCCUGGCCCCCAAGGGUGCAAACGUCUUUGGCCUCUGCCGCCUGCUUCCCUCCCUGGCUACCAGGGCGUCCUUUCCACCGUGGAGGGUGGCUGGGAUACGGCGCUCUGACACCUCUGGGUGCGAGUGCGAACCUCCUCCUCUCCCUGGAGCAGCAGCGACUUUCUCUCUCUCCCCUGCUCAAAAUGCACGGUUAUUUUGCUUAGAAAGAAGGAAGAGAUCCAUGAAUGAAGCUAUGCAUCUUUUGACCUUGGGACUGUGACUUGCCAGCUCUUCAUCUGACUGUACAGUAGCUCCGUUGGUGUGUGAGAGAGAGACCGAGAGAGAGCGUGUUGUGCUUAAGGAACAAUGACGGAGAGGUCCUGGCCAGGGGAAGGGAAUGUGUGUCUGUUUCAAGGAGUCUCGCUUGCUGGCUUGCUUCCCCCGUGCUUCCCAGGGGAAAACUGCUGGGAAGCAAAAAUCUGGGACUGUCCCUGGGCAGCCAGGUCUCACUAAGGAUCUUUGGGGCUGGGGGAAGCAAUUUCUCAAUGUGAUGGCGAGAGUUUGGCCUGGGAGUUUGGGGCGCAUUUGCUUUUGGCCUCCCUGAGAUCUGGGCUGGCGUUUGGCCACUGUUCCUCUUGGGGCGAGCUUGAAAAAGAAGUUUGUCUUCUGGCCUCCGGAAUCCAGCUGGCACACCAAAAUUCUGAGUUGGUAUUUUUUUAGAAAAAUAAAUAAAUUGAGGACUCCCUUUUCUUGCUGAAUCUUCCUCGAAAGCUUGUGAAUUCAGGUGAACAGGAUGGUUUAAUGGGGGCCCCUCCAACACUCCGGGAAGUUGUUUUGCCUUUCUGCAGUAAAAUCCAGGGUCACGUCGAGAACUUGGAAUCUGAGUUCCUUAUUAAAUUAUUUGCGUUUUGUGGACCUAAAGUCUAAAUUUGUCCUUCUUUGUGUCAGGAUUGUAAAUAUGGCCAAUUAAAUAUUUUUAAUUUAAUUUUAAUUAUUAUUAUUUAUGCACAUAUCUAAAGGACUAGCUCAAGAGAAGAGUAACCAGAUUUUAAAAGGAUAUAUAUAGAGAUAUAUAUCGGUAUCCCUCAGGGUUAUUUUUAAAGCUUUUAUCUUCUUCCUUUACCAGAUAGCUAAUGAGACGGUCAUAGGAUCUCUGGGUGCCCCUUCUGUGUGUCUGUAUGUCGUUGGGGGGAGCAAUGGGACACAUCUCUCCCCAGUCCAGGCUUGCACAUGCGACUGGGGACAGCUCCCUGGUGCUCCAGCCUACACGGUGGAGCCUGAAAAGUGUGUGUGUGUGUCUUUGUGUGUGACCUUCUGGUUAUUAGUACUAAAAUUCUACUUGGAAUACGAUGCAAAAAAAAAAAAAAAGCCACUUGAUUCGAAAGUGGAGAAUCAAUUUCUUACUGCAAUCUUCACAUUGGAAACUUUUGAACAAAAUUGCACUCAUUUUCAAAUUUAUUUAUUUUUAGUAGAGAGCAUUUAUGAGGACUUCCCUCCUAACUGGAUGAGUUAAUCUACUGUAGUUAUCAGGACUGUGUCUGCACAGGGUCCGAGUGAAAGAGAUGAAGAAUCCUUUUCCUUAAAUGCUGCAAGUUCCUUCUGAAACGAUUUCCUCCGCUGUCUCAGGCCUCGAGGCUUUCAAAGAGCUCCAUGACUUUAUCCCUCAAAAAUCCCCGUUCCGAAAUGAUGAAAUGUUUGUAUAUUAGAUGACAAGUUUUAUUUAAUGGCUCCUUCUGACAUGCUAGCUUUAUGCCGCAUAAUGUCAGGUUUUAAAAAACCCAUUUCCAAUGAACUUCUAAACUCUCUGGUCGAUGACGCAGCCCCACCGCCGAUGGACGAGACCCAGUGGUCUCCGAAGGAUCCAGAAACCGGCCCUUUUGUUCCAGGGGUGCCUGCCAUCUUCCUCCAGGAAAUGUCUGUUUGUGCUGCUUUUAUAAUGGUACCGGUUGUAAUAAAGGCAUUUUGUGUCCUUGUACAUAGUCGUAGCCCUGUAACAUCUUUUGUGUGCGUGUGAUUUAAGCUAUUUGAAAUAAAGUUGUGAUUCGCUUGCUCUUUCCA